AUGCCCGAGGACGUCGGCUGGCCGCCGGUGAAGCUCAACUUCGCCAACCCCGCGACGGGCGCGCAGAAGUCGUUUGAGAUCGACGACGAGCACAAGACGCGCUGCUUCGUCGACAAGCGCAUGGGCCAGGACGUCGACAUUUCCAGCCUGGGCGAGCAGUUCAAGGGCUACGUUGUGCGCAUUGGCGGCGCCAACGACAAGCAGGGCUUCCCGGCCAAGCAGGGUGUGCUUGUGCCGCACCGUGUGCGCCUGCUGCUCGGCGAGGGCGACUCGUGCUACCGCCAGCGCCGCACGGGCGAGCGCCGCCGCAAGUCGGUGCGCGGCUGCAUCAUGAACACGGACAUCCAGGCCUACCACCUCAUCAUCGUCAAGCAGGGCGAGCAGGAGAUUGCCGGCCUCACCGACGCCGACUCGACGGUGCCCAAGCGCCUCGGCCCGAAGCGCGCCAACCACAUCCGCAAGUUCUUCAACCUGACGCCCAAGGACGACGUGCGCAAGUACGUCAUCCGCCGCGAGGUGCAGCCGAAGAAGGAGGGCGCCAAGGCGUACACCAAGGCGCCGCGCAUCCAGCGCCUCAUCACGAGCCAGCGCCUGCAGCACAAGCGCCGCCUGCGCAGCCUCAAGAAGCGCACCACGGAGCGCCAGCACGCGCAGAAGGCCGAGUACGACGUGCUGCUCGCCAAGCGCCAGGCCGAGACCAAGGAGCGCAACGGCGCCGCGCGCGCCGCGCGCAAGGCCAGCCGCAAGGCAUAA